AUGUGGUCCACUCCCAAACUGAUCCUGUGGUUUCUGCAGAAGGUUUUACCUGCAUCGUGCAUAAGGCAAGUGAGGGGCUACUAUGUAGACUGGAGGAUGCUGCGGGACGUCAAGAGGAGGAAGCUGGCGUACGAGUACGCGGACGAGCGACUGCGUAUCAACGCCAUCCGGAAAAACACCAUCCUGCCCAAAGAGCUGCAGGAAGUGGCUGAUAAAGAGAUUGCUGCCUUGCCUCGGGACAGCUGCCCUGUGAGGAUCCGGAAUCGUUGUGUCCUGACAUCCCGGCCCCGAGGGGUGAAGCGGCGGUGGAGGCUCAGCAGAAUUGUUUUCCGUCACUUUGCUGACCAUGGUCAGAUGUCUGGUGUACAGAGAGCUAUGUGGUAGAUCACUGCACAGGCCCAUGUUCAGCCAGAGGACACCAACGGGCCCAGUUUG